AUGCUUAAUACUUCAAUUAAUUUUUUUGAAGAGAAUGACAUAAUCAAAUUAAGAAAAUAUGUAUCAAUAUAACAUUUACGAAGUUAAUGUAAAAGGAAAAUGAAUGGAAGAAAGAUAAAGCAGUUUUAGAAUAAAAAAUAUAAUUACUAGAACUUUAAUUAGAAGACUAUAAGUCCAGGGAAUCCAAUUAUAAAAAAUUGAAUGAGACCAUAUCAUAAGCUAUAAAUGACUCUUCUACAAUGUAAAAAGUAAUAACUUCUUUUACAUUAUUAUAGAGAUCUGUGUCAGAAUUAUAAAAAAAUGUCGAUAUUUAACAGAAAGAUCAUAACAAAACCAUGUUCAAAGAGUAAAUUAAGUCUCUGGAACUUUAAGUAAUUUAUUGAUUCUAAUAUAAUAGAUUAGGUCAUUAACAGAGUAAUUACAUGAAAAAGAUUAAUAAGGAAAAGAGAUGGAACUAUAAUUCUAAAAGCAAUAUUAUCAAUAUGAUCAUAGAAUUGUAUAAUUGGAAUAAGAAAAGUUGUAGACUAAUUAAGAAUAUGCAAAGCUCAAGGAAUAAAUGCUCAAAUUUGAAGAGAGCUUUAAAUAAAGAGAGUAACAAUAUAAAAAUCAGUUUGAAUAAGAAUUAUAAAAAAUAAAGGAUCUAAAUAUAUAAGAUAGCUAAGUAAGACAAUCAGAUUAUGAAUCAAAGUAUUCUUAAUUGUCAUUGCUCUAUGAAAAAGAAAAGGAAUAGUUACAAUUAAGAAUAAGUAAAUGCUAGAACACUAUCAAAAAAUAUCAAUAGCAUAUUGAAUAAAAUAUAGAUAUAGUUAAUAUCAAAAAAUAAUAUGAAGAUUAAAUUUAAUAGCUUAAGGAUCAGAAUUCUGUAUUAUAAUCAUAAUUUCAAUAUGAAAGAUAAAUCUUAUUGUAAUAAGUUAAUGAACUCAAAAAACAAUAAAGAGAUCCUAUGUUGAAGGAAAGCAUAUAUUAUCAUGAAUCAACUUCAAAAAAAAGGAGUGUUGAUGUAGUCAAGAUCAAAAGUUCCUUAUAAUCUUAUGACAGUCCAGUUUAAUGUAAGAGUUUUCAUAUUGGCAGUCAAGAUUCAAAGGGAAUAAUAAAUUAUAAUUAAUAAGUUAAGAAUUCUUCAAAUUAAUCAUUUAAUUUCACUUAGAAAUAAUAAUAAAAUAAUUAAUCAAUUGAAAAAUCAUGUAAAUUUAAUGAUGGAAUACCCAUGUCUAUAGAUUAGUUUAAUAUAUUAAAAAAUAAAAAACAAAAAUCAUAAUCUACUCUAUCAAUUCCAACAAGUAAUAAUUAUAAUUUGAAUUCAUUAUUAUAAGAAGCUAGUUUAUUUUAAUAAAAUUAAGAGUCAUUUCAAUUAGAUUCUAAUAACAAUCUCAAAGAGGAGUCUUCUAAAUAAAGAAUAUUAAAAUAAUUGAAUCCAAAUAUUACCAAUAGAUAAUUAGAUUGUAAACAAUUAUUAAAGUAAAAUUAAUGCAGAUAAUCUGAAUAAUAAUAUUAACGAUCUGUAUCAUAGGUGGGAUUAAAAAGUUCAGUUUCAAAUUUAAGUAAGAUGUUAGGAUUAAAUGAAAUAAGCUAUCAACAAUCUAAUUCUAUAAAAUAACCAACAAAUAAUUCCUCCUUAAAUAGUUUACAAGUACCAAUUUUCACUUAAAAUUAAUUAAAUACUUUGAAAAAUAGUACUUAAUCAGUUUAUCCUUGUGUAACUUUAAGGAUGAAUGAAAAUAAUAUUUAAAAGGUGAGAUGUAACAACAAUCAUAGUGCUCAUGAGGAGAUUAAGCAAAAUAAAGAAAAUCAAUAGCCAAGCUAAAAACAAUCUAGAAGUGACAUUAAAAUGAUUAUUGGAAAGUUAUUAUAAACGAAAAGAAAGUAACAUGAAGAUAUGGACAAAACUUCUUAAUUUUCCAAAUUUAAUCGAAUUUGA